UUCCAGCAAGUUCAAGAGGCUUAUUCAGUUUUAUCAGAUAAAGGAAAACGAACGAUUUAUGAUGCUGGAUUGUUGGAUCUCGUUGCAGAGGAAGAUGACCAAGGAUUUCUUGAUUUCAUGCAAGAAAUGGCUUUGAUGAUGGGAAAUGACAGGCCAAAGGAGGGGAACCGUUUGGAAGAUCUUCAAGGAUUGUUGAUGGAAAUGAUGGAAGAAGAUGAAAGAGUAAAACUUGGAUUUGAAUGGGGUGCUUCUCAAAGUGCUAGAAAGAGGACACGUAUUGCUCAUGUAUAAUAUGGACUUUCACUACUAAAUGAAUGAAUUGUGUGUGUGUGUGUUUUUUUUUUAAUAUUAUAUAUAUAUUUUUUGAGUUGCAUAAGGUAAUUAGGUUUUCUAGCGGCCCUCUGUAUUUCAUGAUCAUUGAUCAAUAAGGACCUUGGCAUUUACUAACUGGGUUUUUUCUUAGGGGAUCCAGGUGAUAGGAUUUAAACCCUCUGUUUCUUUUCUUUUUCUUUUCUUUAAUGAAAAUGAAAAUUUCAU